GGCUGGGGCUGUUCGCUCCACAGAGGCCUGCGCUACCCUAGGGUACCCGGCACUGCUCUCCCCGCCGCCGCGGCGGGAGCAGCCACCACAGCUCAGCCACAGGGCCUCUCUGCAGGCCGCCAUUUUUUCUCCGCCGGCGGGGAGGUAACACCGCCUCCCCGCUGUCGCUGUCAUCAGCCAACACAGCUUCCACCGCCACGUUCUGCCGUACGCUGGAGGAGCUAGGCUGUCCGAGCUCCCGGGGAACACCGCCCGCCGGCACCGCCUCCUCCCGGAUGGGGGCGGUGCGGCGCCUGCGCGGGAGCGCUGCUGAGGCCCGGCCGCGGUGUGGGCAGGCGGGAAGGGGGCUGGCGCGCAGGUAAUGUAAGCAUUUCAGUUAUAGACAACGGAGGAAUCAGGCAUGUCAGCUCUUUGUCCACCACCAUCUCCUGCAGUUGCUAAGACAGAGAUCUCUCUGAAUGGCGAGUCACCUUUAUUAGCUGCCACUUUUGCUUACUGGGACAAUAUUCUUGGCCCCCGAGUGCGGCAUAUCUGGGCCCCAAAGACAGAACAGGUGCUUCUCAGUGACGGUGAAAUAACUUUUCUUGCUAACCACACCCUGAAUGGAGAAAUACUUCGGAAUGCAGAAAGCGGUGCAAUAGAUGUGAAGUUCUUCGUCUUGGCAGAAAAAAGGGUAAUCAUUGUGUCAUUGAUCUUUGAUGGAAACUGGAAUGGAGACAGAAGCACAUAUGGACUAUCAAUUAUACUUCCGCAAAGUGAACUUAGCUUCUACCUACCACUUCACAGGGUGUGCGUGGAUAGGUUAACACAUAUUAUAAGGAAAGGAAGAAUUUGGAUGCAUAAGGAGAGGCAAGAACAUUUCCAGAAGAUUGUCUUGGAAGGCACGGAGAGAAUGGAGGAUCAGGGCCAGAGCAUCAUUCCAAUGCUGACAGGAGAAGUCAUUCCUGUAAUGGAACUCCUUUCAUCUAUGAAAUCACACAGUGUUCCAGAAGAAAUAGAUAUAAGUGACACAGUGCUAAAUGAUGAUGACAUUGGGGAUAGUUGCCAUGAAGGCUUUCUCCUCAAUGCAAUUAGUUCACACCUGCAGACCUGUGGUUGUUCUGUAGUUGUAGGAAGCAGCGCAGAAAAAGUUAAUAAGAUUGUGCGAACAUUGUGUCUAUUUCUUACACCAUCAGAGCGGAAGUGUUCCAGACUCUGUAGAAAUGAGUCUUCUUUCAAAUAUGAGUCAGGACUUUUUGUUCAAGGCUUACUCAAAGAUGCAACAGGAAGCUUUGUGUUGCCCUUCCGUCAAGUAAUGUAUGCCCCAUAUCCUACUACACAUAUAGAUGUAGAUGUCAAUACAGUGAAGCAGAUGCCUCCCUGUCAUGAACACAUCUAUAACCAACGACGAUAUAUGAGAUCCGAGCUGACAGCAUUUUGGAGAGCUAAUUCAGAUGAAGAAAUGUCUCAAGAUCGUAUUAUCCACACAGAUGAGAGUUUCACACCUGAUUUAAAUGUCUUUCAAGAUAUCCUGCAUCGAGAUACAUUAGUAAAAGCCUUCCUGGAUCAGAUCUUUCAUCUGAAGCCUGGCUUGUCUCUAAGGAGUACUUUCCUUGCACAAUUUCUGCUAGUCCUUCACAGAAAAGCCUUAACUUUAAUAAAAUACAUAGAGGAUGACACGCAAAAAGGAAAAAAACCUUUUAAGUCUCUUCGUAGCUUAAAGAUAGAUCUUGACUUAACGGCAGAGGGCGAUCUUAACAUAAUAAUGGCUUUGGCUGAGAAGAUUAAACCAGGUCUACAUUCCUUUAUCUUUGGGAGGCCAUUCUACACUAGCGUACAAGAACGUGAUAUGCUCAUGACGUUUUAAAGUUCUCCAUUGCUAACGCGUAAUACUGCAGUCUUGCAUGGCAUGAAAAGAAGUCUGUCAGUGUGACCACCACACUUGUGACAAUCAUUGAGACAUUUGGACAAUAGUCUGUCCAAAGCAGAAGGGGAUUUUAUCAGGGGGGAUAUCAGCUUAGCUAGACAAGCAUGAUUUUAAGGAAUCCAUCUCUUCUGUGUGCUUUUUUUAACAGUAAAUGUUACCAGAGGUUCCCUUGCCGUAUGGGCUUAGUAGAUAUGUUUUGGCAUAUGAUAAAGGGAAGCAUUUUAAUUUUCUUUUCCUAGAGACUUCUUUCAGGUAUGUGUCAGUUUUUACCUGUUCUUCUGUGUCAGUAUUUUUAGUGUUUCCACAGAAAACAAUCCAUACGUCCUCUCUAAUCAUGGAGAUUGCGAAAUAGGGGCCUUCUGGGAGUUUCAAAGAAUUCUUAGAAGUUUGUUCUUCUGUAUGUGGUACAAAUCUGAACCGUGUCUUCCCUCAUCCCUUUUUAACACUACCCGCUCCUUUAUUUAGAGCAUUUACAGGUGUUUGGGAUUUUUAAUAUACUACAAACUGCUACUCUUGUGUAAAAACUGUUGACUAUUAGCAGCCAGCUUAAAUAGCAGCACUCUUCACGUGGGAACUGGGUCAUUGUUUCAGCAGCUUUGUGCAUGUAAGCGCCAACCAGGGUACUCUGUCACCGAUUGCUGGGCCAUCCUGCAGUGAAGUGUUCAGUGAUCCAGCAUAAUUGAGCUCUUUCAAAACACAAAACAGAAAACUUGUGUCAUUCAGCAGCAGUUGUUAGUCUUCCUGUCUAUAAACUGCUGCUGGUUUUCCCAUUGUCACUUAGAAUAGGGUUCAGAUUAAAGUAUUAGACCUUCCCAAAGAACAUGAAGGUGAUAGCCAAGCUGAAAGAUAAAACAGUAAAUCCUUAAUUCAGAGAUGAGCACAACUAUGAACUAAUGUGAUUAGCAUUAUACUGAGUGAAUUCCAGUCAAUAAUCUUGCCAAUCUUCUUAGUUCAUUUUAGGACAUCUGCAGCUUUGCUUUGCUUGAAAAUAAAAACACAUAUUCUAUUUGUAUCCCUCAACCUCUCAGUAGCGUGUAGCGCAGUGUGGUUUCAAGUUAAUCCAGACCCAUUUUUUUGAGUUUCGACAUGUGGUUGGUGUGUGUUAUAUUGAAGUCAAUGGUAUGUCUGUAUUGCAUGUUGUUGUAUUUCUUCUGUUUUGGGACAAAUACAGGAAUAUAUUUGUGUCAUGUUUUAGUGUACCCUCAUAACUCAGUAUUCAUUGUGGAAGAGCUGCACUUGUGAUUCAAAAAGCCAUGGCUGCUUAAAUUGUUUAAAUUGUUUGUAAUGCUCCUUGGCAAACAGGUUUCUGUUUUCAAGAUAGCUUUUUAGUAUCUCUUUCAUACAGGGAGUCAUAAAAGUUAACAGAAGUUAGAUUCACAGCUUUUGCUGGAAUGUCCAAUACUCAGAUUCUAAAAGGAAUAAUGUCCUUUAUUUAGAUGUCCAGAAUUCCCUUACAUUUCCUGAAAUACAAAGAUUCACAAUUAAACAUUUAGAGCUUCAGAAAGAUGUGGAAUUGAGCCCCAGCUGCACACCAUUUUGGUGAAUGAACAUCAUCAGCAUUACCUGGUUCAAUAAGUAAUUACAUUUUGUGGAGCCUUUUUUUUUUUUGCUGUACAUGUAUGUAGGACUCUUGCAAUAAGCUCAGCACUUCAUCAAAAGAACUUGUCAGAAUUUUGCUGACAUAAGUUACUUGUGCUGAGAUUCUGUUCGUCUUCCUCCCAUUAUUAUUUCCUUCCACAUUUUUAAUCAAUUGAUCCAUUAGAAAAGAGCCUGAUUGUGCUAAGUUUUUACUCUCGUGUCUGUAAGGUGGUGAAAAAACGUAAUGAACACUGCUGAAACUUCUCAUGUAGAAGUUGUGUUGAAGUCUGAAGAGCUUUAAAUGUGCUGCUGAAAUUAAUCACUUCAGCUUGAUAGGCAUUGGAUGCUUAACAUUGACACUACUAAAAGUAAAGCUCUGUUUGUUUACUGAAGAUGCUGUCACUUUUUGAAAUUAUUAAAAGCUGGAAACUUUCGCAGUUGCUACUUUUGUUGCACAGCUCUCACAAGUGCACUGUCAAAAGUGCAGAAUGUAGAGUGAGGUAAGUUAUUAAAUGCAUCUGCAUGUUGUGUUGUAAAUCUUGCUCAGGAAACAAAAGUAUUAUAAUAAAAUUCAUGCACAAUUUUUCAAUAUAAUUGCUGAUUUUUUCCAUAGAGUUUCUCUUCUGUAUCUGAUAGAAUCAUUAUCUUUUAUGCUGUGAAAUAAAGAAGAAACCUUAUGCCUUCUUGUUAAAUUAAAAAUUUUGCUGAGAUGGUGAAUCAUAGACUGUAAUUGAUAGAAAGCCAUAUGUUAUUUAGUUCCUCCAUUUCUGUUAAGGAUUUGCUCAUUUCAGACUGAGACUGGUGGGACUUGCUGUGCCUCUGAUGUGCUCAAAUAAGAAUUUAGCCUCUACUGUUAAAAAGUCCUAAUUGCAUAUGUGAGAAUUAAGAAAUGUUUUAAGGAGUUCAUUUAUAUCUAGCAGUCAGUGAAUACCUUACUUCAGGAUUUUAGUUCCUUACAGUUAAAAGAAUAGAGCAAGUUUAUUUCUUCCGGUUGGAUGUGAAAGGGGAGUAGCGGUUUGGAGCAUUUUUAGUAGCACGUUUUCCUUGAUCUUGAUUCCUGGUCUUUGCAUAUCUAUAGAGGUAGCACAGAAAGACAUCCCUUGGAAUGUCUUUCUUGUUGAGAUCACAGAGGAUAUUCCCGGUCUAUAUAUCAAUGUCUUGUAGUGUCAGUUUUAUUCCAGAGCAAAAUGCAUCUUUUGGUAAUAUUCUUGUCCCUGAGCCAUCAGUAUGAUACACCAGCAGUGUGCCAGGAUGUCUACACUCCAUUCUCUACUGGGAAAAAGCAUUCAAAAGAUUUCACUUCCUAUUCUCAGAUCUAUGAAGACAAAGGAAAGUGGUCGACAAUAUGAGGGCUAUGUCAUACAGGCAUGUCGCUUUCCUCUAUUGUCUACUCAGAGCCUACAAAGAAUGUACUUUGUCCUCUCUUCAACAGUAAGCAGUAAAGAGGCAUAAACCAUAUCCAUUAGUCUGCAGAGUAGGUUUUUGCACAUCAUGUGAUUUACCUCUGUCCUGGCAUAGAGCCACACACUGUUAUGCCUCCUACUUGGGCAACACACCAAGGAAACUCCAUGGCAGCAUGUCCGUGUUUACAAGGUUGUUUAUGUGAUACUUUGGUUAAAGGGCGUAAUUAUUUUGCUUCUCAAAGCCAUACUGCUCAUAUGCAUGUCCAGAGGUUUCAAACACAGAAAACUUCAAUUAAAGUUCAGAAGUAUGUAAAAAGGACACAAUCCUGCCGAUAACCAUUGAGUAAUUCUGACUUCAGUUCCAACUAGAAUAAUAGAGCUACCCUGCAAGAACUUUUAACCUUUGAAAGAGAAAUUUCCACUUAAACGUGUGGAAUGGCAACAGGUAAUUGCUCCCUUGUUUUAGAUGUUUCUAUCUUUAUUGUCAUGUAGGACCUGACAUGACAGGAGGACCCUGACAACUGGAAAAGGGCCAAAAGACAAUCUGGGGAACUGCAGGUUGACCAGUUUCACUCAGGCACCUGAGAAAAUCAUUGCAGCACGUGUCCUCUUGCAGCAUGUGUCUUGCCGCAUGAGGAAGGUGAUUGGGAGCUGUCACCAUGGCUUGACCAAGAGUGAAUAAUGCUUCACCCACCUCAUUACUUUCUGUGAUUAAAAGACUGGAUUUGUGGACAAGUGGAGAAGAGGGGAUAUCAUUUAUGUUGACUUCAGCAGGGCUUCCAGCACUCUCCCACAAUGUCCUUGUAGCCAAGCUGGAUGUUAGAGUCUAGGUGGGUGCCCCACCAGGGGUGAACAUCUGGUUGGGUGGUGGGGCUUGGAGGUGAUGGUCACUGGGGCUUAUCUACCUGGAGGCUGGUGCCUUGUGGGGUCCCACAAGGUCUGCCCUACAGCCUCUCCUGCUUAACAUCUCUAUCUGUGACCUGGGAAGGUGACCAAGGGCACCCUGUCAGGUUUGCAGGUGGCACCAAAUUGGGGGGCACCAGUUGAUAUGCAAGAGGGCAGGGUGGCUGUCCAGAGGGACCUGGACCAUCAGUGAGUCCAGAGGCAGCUCUGGGGAGAAAGUCUUGUGAGCUGGCAGGGCCAGAGAGACUGGAGAACCAGAGAAAAGCUGGGCAGGGCCAGGGCCCAGAGAGGAGAUGCCAUCUCCCUCCUUGGAGGGUUUCCAGCCCCCCCAGGAUAAUGGCCUGAGCCCUGGGCAGGGGUCAGACUGGAGACCUUCUCAGGUCCCUGCCAGCCCAAAAUGUCCUGUGGUGCUACGGUCCAGCAGGCAGGCUGCAGCCACUGGUGUCAAGAACCAGAGAAGAGCUGCGGUGGGCAGUGACCUCUGGAGGGUAGUGGGUCCAGCCCCCUGCUUGGACCAAGCCAGCUUCCAUUGAUGUUUUUCAUGGCAUUGUCUGGUCAGUUCUCCAAUCGCACAGAUAAAAAGCAGGGGCUGAAUAAACUCCACUGUGAGAGCACAGGCGUGCAAGAGCUUAAAGGUGAUGCUGGAUUCACCAUUGAAACGGUGGGUGCGCUAACGAGCGAAUGCCAGAAAGAAAAGUUUAGAUGUCAGGAAUAUGUAUCUAAGGCACAUGUGUUAAAAUUAGUGGCAGCCUAUCCUUAGGUACUUGAAACAUGACUUUUUGUAGAAACAUCUAUCUGUAGCAAGGAAGCAUGGACUCUUAAGAGAGAGGAAUGUAGACGUAUAAAUGGUAAUUAGGUAAAAUUACUUAGGAUAUUUUUGGCUGAGUGUCAAAGUAAAAGCUUGAUGCUGUGAAGCAGUGAUAUCUCAAAGGCGAAUGUCUGAAGCUUCAUCCCUAACCUCUAUCUAACAAUAAGCCAAAAUGUUUGAAAAUGUACAACAGCCAAAAGCUAAUUUGUGAAACUUUUAAGUUCAGUGCCAGCUUCUCUCCCAUUUAGAAAAUUGUCUCAUUAUGGUACAACAGAGUGUCUUUUCCAGCUUCAGUGAAAUAUGACUAACAGUUGCCAGACUUUUGGUUUUCAGUGGAAGCAGCAAUGUAAGAAAUUACAGGUCAGGGAAUACUGAAAUUUAGUACUGCAGCAUAUACAUACAGCAAUUCAAUAUUUCUGCCAAAACGUUCAGUGGCGUAGCUGACUGAUGGAACUGCAGUUUCAGCCUUCCACAUUCGUCCACAGGGAUGCGAAGCAUUUGUCCUUGCUGAGAUUUCUGCCUGUCUCAGGCUGCCUCUUCACUGGAGAUUGCUCCUGCAUCACCUUGUCUCCUGCUGACGUCCCCGUCCCUAUCUCUGUGACAGCAGUAUUUGGAAAUAACUUCUGAUAACCCAGAUUCUGGAGGAGGGACCUUCCAGCAUUUGGGUUGGGUUUUUUUAGUAGCCAAGGGCAGCUUCACAGACAAACCACACAGAGUACUAAGGACCUGGACAAUAAGUAAUGACUAAUUAACUUCAUACCAGUUUUUGGCAGAGAAUUGGGCACUGGCAGGCUGAGGAACAUUUUGGGUUCAGUCUGGUUUUAGCGUUGGACUGCCAAGGUCUGACACUUCCCCUUCAGGCUGGAGACUGGAGAGGUAGCUGAUGCAAACUGAUUAACGUGUUUGUUGAUUAAUGACCACACUAGAAGGAAAUGGGUGGGACGGCAAAAUUAUCAGUGAUCUAGGCAAUUAGAUAUACCAGCCUGUAAUUACAUAACAAUGCAGAGUACCAGGCUUGACUAUGAAACUGUUAAUUAUAAGUUUGAAGUCCAGUGAAACACACAGACGCGUAAUCACAAUCAAGUUACAAAUCUGUUAGUGUGGUGGUGCAAGUCAGUUUCCUCCUACACCAAAUCUGAUGGACACAGACCUGAUGGUGGGUUGUCCAAGGAGUGUCCCUCUGGCAUCCCAGUGUUCUGGGGCGCGCAGGUCAGCAUCGCUGCUGUCUGCAGCCCUCCGUGCUCCUGCUGCUGGAGGAUCCAUCUUCCUUUUUUCUCUGCCUGAUUUCAUACCUUACUCCCUCCUUAUUUUUUCUUAUUUUAAGCUGACUUUUUUGCCAUCCUUGCAUCUUCCUCCCCCCACUGAGUUCCUCUGAACACCCCACACCUAAUUGCUUUUUACCAUUGGUCCUAGUUUUGCUACAUCUGCACCCAAAUUUGGUAUUUCUGAUACUGUGACUUGGGCAAUAUUUGGCAUAUGUGGCUUUACCAAUAGCAAUGCUCGGUGUUGGUGGCUUUGCACGCCAAAGUUCCCCUACCAUUAUUCACUUCAGCCUGGUUGGACUUACUCAAUUCCUAGUCGUAAUUACUGUACUUCAGCCUCCAUUCCCCUGCCUGGCUCCUAUUAAGCACGAGCAGGUUCUUGCCAUGUGCACCAGCUGUUUACAUACCAAGGCAGCAGAAUAACUCGUUUUCAUACUUCUGUGGCGGGCUGUCGCAGGUUCCGCAUAGGACCUUGGCUGCCGUGGGGCCACGCGCCCCACUGGAGCUCUGGUUUGCUGAUGUCAAGGUGGUUGUGAGCUCCAGAAUGUGCAGGAAGCCAACUGAGUGAAGCUGUGAGGCACCUUUUGGUGCCAGGACCUCCAGGAUGGGGAAACAGAGAGGCUCCUUAUAGGGUAGAGGAGCAUGGGGUGGUAGAACAGCACGUCACAGAACAAGCUGGUGGUUAUGGUUCGGGGAUCCACGAUGCUAGCAUGUCUUGACUGCAGCACACUCACGUGUGUUGGUUUUCCUCUGACUCCCUCAAAUGAAGUUGCUCUUUGAUGCCAGCUGGUUGUUCCCGUGGUGGAUCUGUAAAAUGUGAAUUGUACUUCAGAGCCUUUCACUGUCCCUCAAGUUCUCCACAAAAAGGCAGCUAUAUUUCUGGAUGUUUUUUAGGAUAGUUGCAGCCCGCAUGACUGUAGCAUCUGGCUGUAAUACAUGUAUUACCGAUGUAUUACAGAUGUAUUACAGAUGUAAAUUGCAGGCAAAAUUUUCACAUAGAUGUAUAAAAAUAUGAUGUAAACUAUGAAGAUGUGACAUAAAUAUAAUGAAGCAUUCCAGUCACCUUUCUGAUAAUGCAUUUAAGAAAAGAAAUGAACAGAAAAAAAUCCAAAUUGUAGCUAAUAGACUCUGUUAACUUUCAGUGUCUCUUUUCAAACUAAUCAUCCAGUCUUCGUUCCCAUCUACACAUAUUUCAAUAGAUUUCUUUGUCCGUUUGUGAACAAACCAACCAGUCUGUCACGUGUGAAAAGAAAUGUCUGUUUGUUUGACUGGUCUUAAGGAUGUGGUGACAACAUAAUGUCUUUAAUUAGUUCCGGAGAAGUGCCAGCUUGUUAAUGUGUUUAUUACAGAAAAAAACGCAGCCAAGUCUAUAGGACUAGCUUUACACAUUAGUGUGAGAGCAUAUCUAGUCUCUUAUUUAUGGAUUUUUGUUAAUCAAGAGUGUGUACACAUAAAAAAUUGUGCAGUGCUUUGAGUGGAUGGUUGUGUUGGUGGAGGCUGUCUUAAAUGUUCCUGCAUUUUAUGUGGCUUUGUUAUGCUUUCUCUGCUGACAAUUUUAUUUAAGAGUGCCAUUUCAGAAACUGAAUACCAGAGGUGCCUUUCAUUUUGCUCAAAACUUUUGUUUUUUAGUCCCCUUGUUUUUGUUAAAUUUCUGAUGCUUAGUAAUGGCACCUAUUACAAAACCAACGCACUGGGACAGACGCCAAAAGGUAUGUGUGUUGGAUUAAGCACGACCCUUCUACAAAGGAUAAUAUUUGGAAGUUGCAGCAAUUUUUGCAGCUAGCCUUGGGCAGCCAAGAGCUACCAGAGUGAUGCUGAAGCCACGGGCUGUAAUCAGAGAGAAACCUGAUAGCAGUGUUUUUGAAACAGAGCUUCAGCCCUGUUUCUGAAAGCUGCAGGCCGGUCCCCGUCUGUGCGAGGAGGCAGGUGGUCCAGCUGGUCUCGGCCGUCUGCUGAGCUUCCCGCACCUGCUUGGUUCCAGGCAAGGCUAUGAAAUAAGCUUUAAAAAAAACAAUAAAAUGCUGGCGCCUGGCACAGAAGGAGAGAGAUUAAGUUAUUUUGCAGGAGACUGAAGAAAGAUCCCAAGAGGCAAGAGUCUGGUGCUCUGAGCCCCAGCGCAAAUGUGGCUUAUCCGAGGAAGAAGAGCAGGAUGGGAACCCAGAUCACCUCCCACCAGCCUCUGUUAACUCCAGUUCUGCCUUUUGGCUCCACACCUCACUGAGGGACAGAGAGAUUUUCCUAUGGAAGGGGAAAUCUCCCCAUGGCCUUACAACAGUUUAAAUGGAGAAGAAUUAAGUAUUUUUCACUUGAGGCCAUUUGUGUCAAGUCCAAAGAGCCUGAUUGUGCAGAGACUGAAAACACUUUUGCAUUCAAAUCCAAACAGGGCUACUUCUUUCCUGAAACACAAGCCAGUGUUAUUCUGCUGUCCAAUGAAAGAUCGAUUCUUCAGGCUAUGAAAAGGAGGCUUUUAGAUAACUUGGGUGCCAGGGGUCACAACGCCAUCCUCUGCCUCGCUCCGUGCACACAGACCUCCUGUCUGUCUGCAGGCAGCUGCUGGGAACAGCCUUGCUGCAGUCGGUGGAGCCUGUGACCGAACCAGUCGAGGAGCAGACGGUGGGAUUUCAAAUGCUCUCUGUUUGCAAAGAGAAUUCACAGAAUAUUUUGAGGAAGAAGCUGGGAAGAACAGCACAAUGACGCAGCAAAAGCAAACUGCAUGGUUAUGGCUGGGCUGAAAGGGCAGCAUUUACUCCAGCACGAACAAAGGAUUUGGGUGGAAGGAGGAGGACUUGGAGUGGUUAGGCAUGAAAUUCUUUCUAAGUGGGAAGGUGAAAAAAAAGACCUAUCCAUGGAGGUCAGGGAAACUGAGCCAAAGCCUUCUUGGAAGGGGAGGACCGAGAUGGAAAAGGAUGCUGGGGAUGCGGAGCAGAGGGAAACCAUCCGUGGUGUGCUGGGAGCCUGGUGGUCAAAAGAUGCAAAGGGAGACUAAGAAUGUCAAAGCUGUGCAUGAUAACCGUAACACUGAGAUGAAAACCAGCGGAUGCAUUCACAGCACACAGAACAACACUAGUGGGUGCGUGGCUACUCAAGUGCAAUCUUACAUCCUGUUAGCGUUUGGUGAAAUGCUGUGGGAGUCAUUUCACAGAGCAAAAUAAUUGGUGCUGAGGACCUGAAGUCCACACUGUACGUGUUUCACCAGUUUCACUUCAGAUGAGCUUUAGUUCCACCCCAUACAUUGACUGCUCACUAGCUGCUGGAGUGCCUCUUCCCAUCCAGUUUAAUGGGAUGAAAUCCAUUUUAUGCAGUUCAUUAGGUGACACAAACUACAGUAAGGAGGGAUGGAUGAUCAGGUGAAUGAUUUCAGGAGAGCUUUCCUGCUGUGAACUGAAACAGUGCUGUAGAUGUACCCUCUGAUCACAAGUAACGGGUACAGGGGUGCAAGUGAAACUAAAAGGGAAGAGGGAUACCGGAAAGGGGAAAAUGGAAAAGAAAAAGGGGAAAAGGAAAGGAAAUUAUCCAGGAAGGUCCGAAAGAAGAGGAGAAAGGAGUAUCAACAGGCCUUUAUGUUCAAAGGUAGCAUGGCACGGGGCAGAAAUUAAUCUGUUUUGAGAUCUGUGCCUCUAGUUAGAAAAAUGGUCUGGUUUUGCAAUGAACGUAUUUGGAUUUUCAGUGUUAAAAAAAAAUCUGAGUGGUGGAAUAGAUAUUCAAAUGAUGGUAUUUAUGUGCCUCUGUUUUCUUCCUCACAUCUGGUUUGGAUUACUAUGCUUUUCUUUCUCGUGGUAGACGAUUGUUGAAAUGCAGUUAUCCAAUUCCUUCCUCCUUUCUGCUCCCUCCCAGAUAAUCACUGAAUGCAGGGAACAUUUUUAUUUCUGGCAGAAAAUUCAUGCAGCAUGCAUCAAAAAAAAGCAGGCAGAAACAUGCCUGACCAAAUAUUUCUGUAUGUGCUUUAUUAUGAGAAGAAUUUUUUAAACUAUUGUAAUAUAUCUAAAGGCUUGUAAAGACCAAUGGCUUGAUCAGAGGCUAUUGAAGUAGACUGAAAAACAUCUAUUGAUACGAGCCAUGGGAUGAGGUCGUGGAAAAACUUAGUAUGUUUUAAGUUUUUCACAAUUUGUUUGGAACAGUCUACAGAAAGGAACUCAUUACUAUGUUCACUGCUGUAGGUUCCUGCAUUUCCAAUGCAGCCUGAUUUAAUUCCACUUCCACUUUAGUAUUACAGGGUUCCUCUCUAAGGGCUUUAUGUGCUGCAGCAUCUCCAGUUUUCAGAAGUUUGGCUUCUCAUUAGAAAACUUCAGUACAGAGGAGCAAGGCAUCUUGGAGCCAUCUCACACUUGCUUGUGGGCAGAAAUUGUGGAAUGCUGACUAUUCUGCAUGUCAA